GGGAUCUCGCCGGCUCCGCGAAAACAGCUGUUGGACUUGUGUCUACAGCUCGCGCCGCUCCCGGUCUGAGCUGAAGGGAUGACGUCUGCGGCGGCGAGGAGCGCCGGGGUGUCGCUCCUGGCUGUCGCCGCCGUGUUAGCGUGCUCAAUAACAGCGCGAUUAGGAGCACGUGUGUUGGUCGCGGCUGAGGAGAAGUGGUCAACGGCGCGUGCCACCGACUGGGACCUGGUGGACGAUGCGCUGUCCGUGGCCGAAGGCAGCGUGACCGCUCUCGGGAACAGGAUCGAGUACCUCUACGAGGACAUAUACAUCGGACUCGCCAUGGUCGUCGAUCAGCUUCGUCUUGAGGUACGUCGCUUUCAACCCGCACUGGAAUCUGCACUAAGAGCGGCACGCCAGUUACGAGCGCAGUCGAGGGAGGCGCAGUUCAGCCUGACGAAGGCGGCGGCCGCGCUCAACCGCACACGGGAGCUGUUCAAGCUGUCCCUGGACAUCUACCAGAGGGGUGCCGCUUUGUUCCUAGAUACGCUCACCAUGGAAUCAGCAGCAGCUCUGCUUCCCAUCAUUCGGCUCGGAAACUGGGCUUUCGAUUUCCCGCCAUCACGAGUCAGCUCGGACUUCAUGAAGGUACCGCGUUCUUCCGAAGAGUUCCUGGAGGACUUCUCGGAUUUUUGUAUCUUGGAGUUAUCAACGCCACGAAAGCCGGAAGAGUGCAGAAUCAGCUCAAAGUGUUUCGAUCUCAUGACGGAUCCUUAUAGAGAUGGAUACUGGCUAACGCACGAAUUAUUCUACGCACUAAUCGCAUACGUCAGCCCUUGUAGACAGCGACUACAAGAACUCCUGAGGGACCAUAGGGAAAUGAACAUCAAAACGUUCCUCCACCAGACCUGCAGUAACAUUUACAGGGACGCCAUAUUCGAAAGCAAGCAGGGCUUGUCGGAGCUGUUUCAAGACCUUUUUAUCGAACAAGUUAAUAUCUUGAAGGUGUUCCGCGAGAACGGCAGUGGCUUGAACUUCACGGUUGAGAUGAUGAAGGACGGAGCCCUCCAGUUCCUAGACCUGCAGACCGUAUUUCUCGCUUCACUCAUUUGCACUGUUGUUGUUUUUUUCUCUCUCUCUCUUUCUCUUCUAGUCGGCUUCUGCGGUUUGGCCGGCUUUCCAGAGUUCUACAAGCCGGAGUGGAUUCGCGCCAUUCGCAGCUGGCAGAGAGCGGACGGUUGCUUUACGGACUCCUUGGAAAUUGUCGACGACCCGCUCACAACUUUCAAGAGGAAACCGGCCAGGACCAAGCGAGCGGAAAUACGACUGGAAGACCGCUGCCGACCGCACAAGACAAUAUUGGGAGCAAUAGCGAUGUCAGCUGGACUUAAGUAUCUGAUAAAUUCAAAUAAUUUAACAAUAAGUGCUUAAGACGCUCACACGAGCUUAGGCAGACUGAACACGAAACAAAGCAGCCAGCGUCAAAUUUUGCGUACUUAAGAAGAACAGCAUCGCAGUGAGCAUUCUAAAAAACGUAAAAAGGCCUUUCAAUGCAGCUUAAGAGACCAGUCGUUAAUCUACAGGGUAGCACAGGUUAUUAAAGAACGCAACUCAACACAAAAGAUAGCUAUUCGGUCCACGAAGGUCAUGGCAAUUUUAAUCAGCUACAAGAAUAGGGUACGCGAUUCCAGGACCAACAUACCAUGAAAAGCGUCUUCCCUUGGAGUCUGCGGAACUUGUUAUACUGAAGAAUAAACUACUUAUU